AUGGAAUCCAAAAGCCACACCCUUUCCGCCACCUUACUACUACUCAUCAUCCUCUCAAUCAUACUCUUCAUCGUCAAGCGAAAGAACCCAAAAGCAAAGAAAACCCCCGCCCCAUGGAAACUGCCGGUGAUAGGGCACAUGCACCACUUGGCAGCCGGAGGAGGCAUCACCGCCCCCCACGUCCGGCUCCGAGACCUGGCCCGUAUCUACGGGCCGGUCAUGGAGCUCCAGCUGGGAGAGAUCAGCCACGUGCUGAUCUCUUCCGUGGAAGCUGCCAGGCAGGUGUUCAAGACCCAGGAUCUCAAGUUCGCGCAACGGCCCUCCAACAUCGCCACGGGGAUCAUAACCUACAACGGCGCCGACCUCGCUCAGUCGCCCUACAACGCCUUCUGGAGGCAGCUCCGAAAGCUCUGCACCCUCGAGCUGCUGAGCGCCAAGCAGGUCCAGUCGUUCCGGCCAGUCAGGGAGGAGCAGGCGCUGGAGUUCGUCCGGGAAAUUGCAUCGGCCUCAACUGGAGCAGCAGCGGUGGUGAAUCUGAGCAAGAGGAUAUUCUACCUGACGUACGGCGUCACGUCGAGGACGGCGUUCGGAGAGGUGUGCAAGGAUCGAGAGGCGUAUAUUCCGGUCGCGGCGGACAUCAUGGUGACGACGGGAGGGUUCAUGCUCGCCGAUUUCUUCCCUUCCUGGAAGCUGCUUCAGUGGGUUAGCGGGUUGAAGGCACGGAUGGAACGACUUCAUCGUGCUCAGGAUAACUUGCUACGCAAGAUAAUCCACGAUCAUAGAAUGAGGAAAUGUGAGGACGGCGAUGAUCGAAACGUGGGUGCUGAAGAUUUGGUGGAUGGACUUCUGAAGCUGCAGAGGAAUGUUGUCGACCAGCAGGGGUUUACCUUGACAGAUAAAAACAUCAAAGGAGUGAUCGGGGACAUGUUCAUUGCUGGGAGUGAUACUUCAUCCGCAACCGUGGAAUGGGCUAUGUCAGAGUUAAUAAAAAAUCCAACGAUAAUGAAGAAGGCUCAAGAAGAAGUGAGACAUAUGUUUGGUGAGAAAGGAAAAGUUGAAGAAUCAAGAGUUCAUGAGUUAAGCUAUCUGAAGUUGGUCAUUAAGGAGACUCUCAGGUUGCACAUUCCAGCUCCUAUACUCAUAAGAGAAUGCAUAGAGGAAUGUGAGGUUGGUGGGCAUCUGAUACCCAUUGGAACAAGGGUGUUGAUCAACUCAUGGGCUAUCGCGAGGGAUCCCACUGCCUGGGAUCAACCUGAGGAAUUUCGUCCUGAGAGAUUUAUGGAUGGUGCGAUUGAUUACAGAGGGACGAAUUUCGAGUAUCUCCCGUUUGGUGCGGGAAGAAGGAUGUGUCCAGGUAUUUCAUUUGGUAUAGCAAACGUCCAGCUUCCACUUGCCAAUCUGCUGUUUUAUUUUAACUGGGAACUUCCAAAUGGCGAAAAAUUCGAAAGUCUAGAUAUGGACGGCACAUUCGGUAUUACAGUCAAGCGAACAAAUGAAUUGAAUGUAGUCCCUAUUCUUCGUUAUCCUAUUCCAGUUGCUGUGUAA